AUGAGGAAGGAAUUGAAGUUCUUGCUGCUGGCCAAUUUGGCCCUGAUAGUGUUUAUACUGGAGUACACUUUCGACUUGUUCAUGCUUAUCACGGACGACACCUCGGAGGAGGCGAUUCCGUAUGCGGAUAUCGCUACGAACCAUAUCCCCCAGGGACAGAUGAUAAUACCAAAGAUUAUCCACCAGACUUACAAGACCGAGGAUAUCCCGAAACACUGGGUGCAUGGGCAACAGAGGUGCAAGGACUUGCAUCCAGACUACGAGUACAUACUGUGGACGGAUGAGAUGUCGCACGAUUUCAUCAGGGAAAACUUCAGUUGGUUUCUCCCCACUUUCGAAAAUUACAAGUUUCCAAUACAGAGGGCUGAUGCUAUACGGUACUUCGUGUUGCUCACGUACGGUGGGGUGUACAUCGACCUGGACGAUGUGUGCGAGAGACCCCUGGACCCACUGCUCAAGUACCCGGUGUUUGUCAGGAAAACCUCGCCGCUCGGGGUGUCCAACGACGUCAUGGGCACCAUACCGCACCACCCUUUCUUCCUCAAGGCGAUCAACUCGCUCAACCACUACAACAAGAACUGGUUUGCCCCAUAUUUCACUAUCAUGGGGUCCACGGGGCCCGUGUUCAUCAGUGUCGUGUGGAAACAGUACAAGAGGUGGCACAAGAUCAAGUACGACAAUGUGACGAGCUACGUCCACUCGAACGAGUCCGUCAGGGUGCUCCAGCCAGACGACUACAAGACAAGCGCACACGCGUUCUUCUCCAUCUCGAAGGGCUCCUCGUGGCACCUCGACGACGCGGACUUCAUAAAGUCCUUCCAGACUCAUAUCCUAUCGUGUGUGGUCGCCGGGUUCAUAUUCGGGUUCUUCAUACUGUACUUCGAGUACUCCGUGUAUUGUCUCCUGUGCGCGAAGAAAAACAUCAUCAACUCGUGGCAACAGGCAUGGCAAGAACUGGUCAAGAGAGUGUCCCGCUGGAGACAGCAGGACUUGUCCACCACCGCGAGUUACGACCGCGGCGCCGGCCACUCCCUCAAGAACUUCCAACGGAGACUCAGGAAGGAUUCCAAUAACCUCCUACGGCUGCACAUACUCGACCUAGAGAAGAACGGCGCCAGCCCGAAGCCCGAACACGACACCACACCAACCUAG